UCUUCAGAUGGGCAGAUGUUCUGGGGCUUUCUCCCCCCACCAUGGAGACACAUUGUGGACACACCCAGAGACUGCCCUGGGCGACCAGGAGCCGUGCAAACAAUAAUGUGAAAGAGUAGCCGUGCUGGGGGUCUUUCUGCUCAGGGGGGGCGGGGCCCACACACACACACACACGCGCGCGCGCGCAAGCACGCAUGCACGCAGUCAGCUGGUCCAUCUGGAGGAAUUUAGCGCAGCACCAAACAAACUCUGUAGUUCGGACGACAAACUUUGAUCUGUUCCCAUGAAAAUUCCGGACCGGAGCCACAUCCGCGCCUCGGCCUCCUGUCGUCGGUAGGGAAUGGCCAUCGCCGCGCGCUCCAGGACGGGCUUCUACCGGCACGAGGUGAACAGAACCGUGUGGGAGGUGCCGGAAAGGUACCGGGACUUGAAGCAGGUCGGAACCGGAGCCUACGGGACCGUGUGUUCUGCUUGGGACCGCCGCACGGGGACACAGGUGGCCAUCAAAAAGCUUCACCGGCCCUUCCAGUCCAGACUUUUUGCCAAAAGGGCCUACAGAGAGCUGCGACUCCUCAAGCACAUGAAGCAUGAAAAUGUGAUUGGGCUGCUGGACGUUUUCACAGCUGAGAUCUCUCUGGAUCGGUUUCGAGAUUUUUACCUGGUGAUGCCGUUCAUGGGCACCGACCUCGGCAAGCUGAUGAAGAUGGAGAGGCUGUCGGAGGAUCGCGUCCAGUUUCUGGUUUAUCAGAUGCUGAGAGGCCUUAAGUAUAUCCACUCAGCGGGGAUCAUCCACAGGGACCUGAAACCAGGGAAUUUAGCCAUAAACCCUGAUUGUGAGCUAAAGAUCCUUGACUUUGGCUUGGCUCGGCAGGCCGACACGCAGAUGACCGGUUACGUCGUGACGCGCUGGUACAGAGCACCGGAGGUUAUCCUUAACUGGAUGCACUACACGCAAACUGUGGAUAUUUGGUCAGCGGGUUGCAUCAUGGCAGAGAUGUUGCUGGGGAAACCUCUGUUCAAAGGAAACGACCACCUGGACCAGCUAAGAGAAAUCAUGAAGGUUACAGGAACGCCGACUCCUGACUUUGUCCUCAAGCUCCAGAGUCAAGAUGCCAGAAACUACAUCAGAAGUUUACCAAAAGUGCCAAAGAAAGACUUGCACUCCGUUUUCUCCAAAGCCAGCUCCAACGCCGUGUGCGUCCUGGAAAAGAUGCUCCUCCUCGACCCCGAGAGCAGGGCCAGCGCGUCCGAGGCCCUCGAGCUGCCGUUCUUCGGCGAGUUCAGGGAUGUGGAGGAGGAGACGGAGGCGCUGCCGUACGACCAGACCGCGGACAACACAGAGCUGCCGCUGGAACAGUGGAAACGUCAUACUUUCACAGAGAUCCUGACCUUCAGGCCGCCCAGGGACUCAAAGGAAACACCGCUUUAAGACUCACAGAUCUCCUUCUUUUAUAUCUUGUCUGUUAGUACUGAUCCAAAUUGUUUUCCUGUCAAUAAACAGUGUUUGUUCUGA